GCCAGUGUGUCAUCAUUUUAAUAUUAUUCAUUUGCCCUGAUAAAAAUCUCAAAGUAUCACCUUGUCUUUAUUAUGGUCAGCUACAAAAACCAGAACAAAAGACGUCAUGGCCUCCUACACAUCACAGUUUCUAUUUUUAACUAAAAAUUGGAAUCCAUCGCACAAAAAAUAUAUAAAUUGCAAGUUUAUAAAACGUGUGCUUUGCGAAUUUGAUAUAACAAAACCUGCAGGAUCAAUGAAAAUACUAAUCUUUUUAUUCUUUUCAGCCUCUCACUAACUUCUGUCUUUUUCCAUAUACAUUAGAUUCUUUCAAAUUCAAACAAUAUGCUGAAACUAUCCUUCCAGAUGACAACAGCAGCCACCCUUUGUUGCAACCCAUCAAACAAAUUUUUGAGGACAAAUCAACCUAAACUAAGAUACUCUAAAAAUACUCCUUUUUCCUCUAGUUUAUCUGCUUCAAGAUCAUUCAGUUGUAGGUUUGUUCCUUUCAAAGUUUGGGUGGCAAGUGCAAUGGAUGGAUUCAUAAAAACUCCUUACAGAAAUGGAAAGAGUGAUGAACAAGUUAAAGUGUUUGAACAAGAAGCUUUUGUUGAUAGAUCAUCUGAGUUUCAGCCAAAGUUUUUGUUCCAUGAAAUGGAAUCAACUCUUAAUCAAUUGAGCAAGUGGAUAGUAACUUUCUUCUUUGGUGUUUUCAUUAUUUGGAGGCAUGAUGAAGAAUCCUUAUGGUUUGCAGCAGGGUCCAUUUUAAAUACAAUGUUUUCUAUUUUACUGAAACAAAUAUUGAAUCAGAAAAGACCUUCAACCCUGAAAUCUGACCCUGGAAUGCCAUCUUCACAUGCUCAAUCCAUCUUCUUUACUGUCAUGUUUAUUAUCUUGUCAAGUGUUAAAAUGUCAAGAAUAGAUGAACUCACCAUUAUCAGCUGUGGCUUGGCUUUCGCAUUAAGUUCUUAUUUUUCAUACCUGCGGGUGUCACAAAAACUUCAUACGGCGAGCCAAGUGGUCGUUGGAGCUGUUAUAGGAUCCAUUUGCUCUGUAUUAUGGUAUUGGCUAUGGAAUGCUUUUAUGCUAGAUGCUUUUGUAUCCUCCUUGGGGGUCAGAGUCAUUGUUGUUUUGGGGUCUGCAGGAAUGUUCUUAUGUUUUCUUUUACAUAUGAUUCUCCUGUGGCUUAAAGACAAAAUUAAAUGA